AUGCAGUGUGUAAAAAAGCGGAAGCUAGAUGAGAUUGAAUGUGUAGACGUGGCUGAAAAUGAAAUGAUAGUUUCACCACCUCACAAGAAGCAAAUGGUACAAUAUGAGCAGAAUGAUGUUGAUGUUGAUGAUGAUGCAGCAUGGAUGGAGGAUAACGUAAUUGACCGUGUUAAUACUUAUUGCUUGGCACAUAUAUUUAAGCAUAUUCCACCAUUUGAAAGACCAAAAGUUGCACAAGUAUGUAAAAAGUGGAGAGAAGCUCUUCCUUAUUCCUGGUCCAAUGUAAAAAAGCUCGAGUGUCUCCAUUGGAAAUAUGAUGGUGUUGUAGCACAUAGAGGAAGUCGAAAAGUUAUAUGUUUAAAAGGAUUAAUAGAUCAAUGUGGUCGCUAUUUAACAGAAUUGAAUACAAUUCAUUAUGAUAAUUCUGAUAUAGUGCCAUUGAUCAGAAUAUCUUGUCCACAUCUUGUGAGACUUCAAUUGAGAUUUAAAAAUAUUAAAAGUUUACAUUUUAAAGAUGCAUUUUCAUACAUGUCGAAACUUCAAAUACUAAGACUAAUAUUUCAAUGUAGUGCAAGCAUACCCAUUUUGUUGAUACUGGCGUUGAGGGAUCUUACUCGUACUUUAAAGACUCUUGCAUUUUUUAACUGGAAAAGAAAUCCCCGUAACCAAAAAAUGCCAGCUUUAUUCAGCUCGGUAUUCUCUCAAAUGACUACUUUGAGAUUCUUUGAUCUUUUUGGCUAUCAAUUUCCUGAUCAAUAUGCAUGA